CCAUUAGGCAAGAAAGUAUGGUAUCAAGAACUCCCAGUAGCAAGCUUGCUUGUUUGAGAAAUGCAUUCUCAAACUGGUAACUGGCAAAACCCAAAUUUUUCUCAUGAACCAUGCGGUUCAUGUGACAUCCUGCCUAGCUCCAUUUCAAGUUCAGGACAGCACCAGAGAUGGGGUGACCUGCUGGAGCCACACAGCCUCUGGGAGAUGGGUGUGGCUUGCCAAAAUGCCAAUCAGCCUAUUUACUGCAAGACCUGUGCCACACCUAGAAGCAAGCACCCCAGAUUCCUCCCCCUAAAACCUUAUUCCUGCCUUUGAUGUAUCCCCCUUAAAUAAAGAAAUGGAGUAUUUUUUCAGUUGUUCAGUUCUAGCUUCUAUCAGGACUGGAAGACUCCGCUUUUCAUAUCUAAUUUCUGGUUCUGUCUUUAUUUCUCACCGAUUAUUUCAGACUUUUUAUUUCCCAGGCGGCUCACACCUUCUGAGCAGGAACCUACCUUGGCAGGGGUGCUGGUCACCUCAAUACAUAAGCAUCAAAAAGCCAGGUAUUGAUCGGAAGUUCAUUUCAGAAAUUCUUGAAGAAUGGAAGAAAGUGGAUAUGAAAGAAACAUCAUGAAAAAGAUCUCAAAGAGAAGAGACAAUAUUAAAAAAAGGAUUUCAGAAGAGACAGUUACCAGUUCAGUAGAAGAAAUUGAAGACACACAUCUCUCAAAAGAAUUAGAUACAGAAGAAAAUCAAAACAUUAUAGAGACACUGAGAAGCAAAGUAAGAGAAAAACUAAAAAAUGCUAAGAUUAACCAAGGGGAAAAAUCUUCAACUGAGACGCUCAUUGAUUCUAAGAUAUAUCAAUGGUUUAAGACUGAAGUCUUGUUGGAUGAAGGUCUUUCAUUUUUCAUUCUGAGUGGUGAAGAAGGCUCAGCUUUGGACCAGUCGUCAGAGCAGAAGUCAGUAAAUGAUAGUUAUUUCAAACACUUUUCCCUUGGUGAUAAUUCACAAAAUGUUGCUGAGAGCCAAGAUGAAGAUUUUAUGGAAGAAAUCCUUUUUGCAGAUUUAAUUGAAAUAAAAGCUGCAGAAUAUGAAGAUGAUCAAGAACAAAUCAAAAAACAGCAGAUAAAUAUUUUUGUUCCAAGUAGUUCCCCAGUGGCCAACCAGUGUAAACUGCCAAAAGGUAUGAUACCACGCAUUUUAGAAGAUGAAGGAUUCUAUGUUCAAAGAAAGCCAAAAAUAUAUAAAAAGACCUGCAACAAAAUGGAAAACCGUCUACUUAAAUUAGAAAAGGGAAAGUGUUGGUUUGAAGAAAGUGGAGAAAUAAUGUCAUUACCUUCACCUAUUAAACAGUCAUGGAAUUUCAGACUAAAUAUAAGCAAGGAAUCUUUAAAUCCAGCACUAAAGACCAUAUAUAGGAAGGCAAUUAAAUAUGAUCUAGGAAGCUCUUUGAAGAGCAAAAUGGAAGGUCACAGAGAAAUGUACCAAAUAGAUCUCAACAUUGUGGGUUUGCAAUUCAGCCAUCACCCUCUCUUCAAUAAAGAACAAGUAUUAUGUGCUAGGCUGCUCCAAUUUUAUGAAUGUUUUCAGGAGAGACAGCAACAGAAUUUACCUCAGCUGCUGUAUGAGAAGCUGAAAGCACUGACAAAUGCUAUCAAAACAGAAAGUGAAGUAGAUCAGCUUACCAAAAAAUCUUUACAAGACUACUAUUGGCAGAUAAGAAACACAAAACAACUAUAUGACUUAGAAAAAGAAAAGAACCUCUCCCUGCUACACAGUAUGUUACAGACCUGGAAACAGAUAAAAUCCCUGAGACUACGUCAAGGAUUUACAAGCACUCCAAUAAAGUUGCAGUUUCAGAGGACAGAUAUAAAUAAAUUUGAUAAGCAGAAACAAACAGGAAAUCAAGAAAUGUCUCAGACUAAGAAGAAAACCAAAGGAAAAGCACUUAAGAGUAGAGGAAAACAGGAGAACCUCUUAUGUUUAUCAUCAGAGCUUGAAGAAACAGAAAAUGAAAUAACAGAGCCAUUUUCCUUGAUGCCACAACUUUCUUUCACAGAAGAAUUAACACAUUUAUCCAAGUGUUCACUGCAAGAACAAAAGAGAAGAGCCAAAAUUCAGAAGCUUAAAUAUUUUCUUAAAAUACUUUACAACAAUAAACAGGUUUCUUGCACUUCAGUAUCUCAUCUACAGCUUGAUUUUAAAGUAAUGUUUCAGCAAAUUUUCAAUAUCCAGUUAAUAUAUUGGCCUGAAACAGUUUGCUUGGAGGUUUAUGAAAAAAGUAAAAGGACAAGCUUACUGGCAAAACUGUACUUACCUUUACCUAACAACACCGAAGUGAAAGGCAAAAGUGUUCUGGAAUAUAUAGAAUUUAGUUCUGAUAAGCUGGUAAUUCCCGUGGAUGAAGAAGUAGGAAGUAAUGUGCCUUUCCUUCUUGAGGGAAAUGAAACUGAAGAACUUUGUCUUUUGACAUCAGGAAAACUUAGCUAUUCUCUAUCAUGGGCCUUAAAUGAAAAUGGUAUUCCUCUAACACCUAUGUCACAGUCGAGAUCUGCAUACUGUAGUGUGUUAAAGAAUGUAGAUGCAAGAAGCAUUCCUGGAAUUCCCUGGCUAGUCAAUGCACAGAAACUUUUUGAAUGGGCAAAUGAAGUCAGAAUUGAUCCAAAUAAUCCAGAAUAUUCUGAUUUAGUGGAAUUUAUGACAUAUAUGAGAUAUAAGGGACAGGAUAUUUCAAAGUAUUUCCGUCUUGAACAGUUACAAGAUGAAUUUAACUUUGUUUCUGAAGAGGAAAUGAAAAAGAGUAAACGUUUCCAGCUUUUGCAACUUAGAAAUGCUGGUCAAUUAGAUGUUUUCAUUUUGCAGCAAAUGCCUCUCUAUGAUUCAGAGAUUCCAGAUUUAGUCUUCCAGGAAUAUGAAAGUCAGGUAGAGAAGGAUAUGUCCAUUUCAGAUGUGAAUUCUAUUACUGCCCAAAGGAUCACUUCUGUCAAUUUUCUGAAAAAGGUGAGAAGAUCAAUAAUGAAAAGAAUCAUCAAAAUUAGCAAAUAUAGCUUGCCAGAUAUUGUGGCUGAUUAUGAAGAAAUUGUAACUGCAAGCCAGUUGACAUAUGCAAUUUGUAAGUUUCUUGAACCACGAAGAAGGUUAAAACCUUGGAGGAAAGAAAGGAAAAAAGUCACAGCACAGAAUAUCUCUGAUGGAGAUAUUAAGAUUCUCAUCCGAAUAAUGAGGGCAUAUAAUAUUCCCACCAGGAAAACUGCAGUUAGUAGUAGAGCCUUGGAUAUGCCUGCUUAUUUGAUGUCAUCCAUAUCUCGCCUCAGACAUAAAGAAACAAUCAAAUCCGUAGGCUCAGAUGAGAUCUUAAAUGAGGAUACCAUACAUCCUUUUAUAGAAGUUUCUUUUCAGCAUACAGUAUACCAAACCAGUACUGCAAAUGGAUCUCAUCCUUGCUGGAAUGAAGAAAUUAAAGUAGAUUUUAUCUCACCAGGACAUGAUUAUAGCUUCUCAAGCUUAUCUAAAAUAAAAGAUAAUAUAUGUAUCAACAUUUUUGAUGAAAUGAUAAUUGAAAAACAUGAGGAUAACUGUCUCAAGAGCUGUACUUGUCACUCAUAUUUAAGAAAAAACUGGCUUGGUUCCAUUGUCUUACCUUUCUCUGCUCUUCUGCAACAAUCUGAGAUUAGUGGAACAUUUCAAGUAAAUAUUCCACCAGUUUUACUUGGGUACACUUGGAGUAAGACUUACGUAUCGCCUAAAGAAGAUUAUUACAAUGGGCAGAAUUUUAAAGAAUGUACCUUCUUAAAUAUUUUUGCUACUAUUGAACCUCAAAUAUCAUACAUUGCCUUUAAUCCCAAACUAGAUAAGUUUUCAGACCAAACAGAUGUUUUGCAGAGAGCACAGGUUUUUAAAAAAAAUUGUAAACUAGUGUUUCCCAACAGAAGAAUCAUAACUACUGUUUUUAAUGAUGAAGGGAUACAGAUAUUAGUAACAAGAUAUAUCAAGGCAUUAAAUCCACCUCGACAACUCCUGGAUACAUUUCUUCAUGAUUCUAAUGCAACACUUGACCUCAUUGCUCGAUUUGUGUCUUUGAUUCCUUUUAUGCCUGACACACUGGAUGAAAAUGCUGAUUGUGAUAUAUGGAUAACAUCAGAGCGCUGCAUCAGUUUGGCCCUUGGAAAUAAGGAAGAGCAUGCCAUCCUUCUCUGUAAUUUCUUUCUGUAUUUUGGAAAGAAGGCACUGGUCCUCCUGGGAACCUCAUUAUUAGAAGGACAUGUGGCUUAUGUAUUAACUCAAGAAAUUGAUGAAUAUUUGCUUUGGAAUCCAUCAACUGGGCAAUGCCACAAGAAGUUUGAUCCAUUUUGUCCCUUACAAAGUGUAGACUGCUUAUUCAAUGAUAGAAAUGUCUGGUUUAAUAUUCAACAAAAUAACACACCAAUGGCUGUGCAUUUUGACUAUUCAAAGGAAAGUUUCUGGAAACAGUUGUUUCCAAAAAGUUUCCAGGGGAUGCAAACACAAAGCAUUCAGCCUGAAGAAAUCAUUUAUUCUGAUACUAAUAAAAGCAUGGUAGAAGAUCUAAAGAACAGGAUUGAAAGGACUCUAAAAUGUAAGAUCAUGGAAUGGAGACCUAAACACCCAACACGCUGGAAUCGACAAUGUAUUUCUAUUUUGCGACAACUCCUUCCUAAGCUGGAACUUGGCACAAGAAGCUUUGUUUCAUCUGAAGAAGAGAGUGAAUUUGAAAGACUGAUGCAAUUUUAUUGGAUCACAGGAUUUCCCAUCCAGAUGCGAUACACUGAUGUACAGUCUGUUAUUGAUGCUGUGUAUCAGACUGGAAUUCACGCUUCUGAAUUUCCCCAGACAGAAUAUGCUUUAGCUGUGUACAUUCACCCAUACCCAAACAACAUACUGUCUGUGUGGGUCUACUUGGCUUCCUUAGCCCGACAUCAGUGAAAAGAAGAAGGGAAAAGGAAAAGAUAGAAGCCACUAAAGCUUUUCUGGUACCAUGGAAUUUGGCUGCUUAUGCUCAAGUCCAAUUGCAUGCUGAGCCUUAUUUACCUACACAAUUGGGCACAAUGGAGACUAAUCCCCACCCCCAAGUCUUUAAGGAUGAAUCUAGAUGACCUCUUCACCAGAGACCUCCUUCAAGAGGACCAAGAGGACGCUUGGGGCAUUGAGGCUGUUGGGUGUCACUGUCUACAGUAGGCUUCACAUUACUUCUGCCUGGAGAGUCUUGUUGAAAAUGCAGAUUCUUGGGUGCCUUGCAAGACCUACUGAAUGAGAACCUCAGAGAGUGGAGCUUCAGAGCCUGCGUGAUUUUCAACAAGCUCCCCAGGUGAUUCUGUAAGCGAAAGCCCAGCCUUACAGAAUGUCAUCAUUAUUGAAGUGAAGCUGGUGUGUUUGAUAUUGGUACCUACUCCAGAUUGAAGUUGUGGAAGGACAAAGAGGGGAAAAAGCAACCACAGCUGUUCUCUUGAGAGAGGAAUCUCUGCUCCCUUGAGUUUUAGGCACCUCUGCAUCCUCCCCCGUGCUGUGCUGCUACCACAGCCGGAUGUAACAAAAGCACCUUUGAAACUGUCCCUUGCUCCCCUGCCCUCCCUUUUGCCAUUUCACUCCUCCCUAAUUUUUUUUUUUUUUCUGAAGAAAAAAACCCUUCCUUAGGUUUUUCCUGACUAGCUGCAGGAAAGUCCAUAGCAAUAUCCUGGCCACAGAAGAAGAAAGGAAAUACACCCCUGGGUGAUCAAGACAUCCCCCAUCCCCCAAGAGCCUGUAGACUUCCUAUUCUCUGUACUUCCUUUUCCUCCCAACAAAAGCCUUUCAUUCCUGAGCCCUCUCAAGAUGGAGCUUUGAGGCAAUAAAAAAGUCCAUCUUUUCUCAA